ACAAAGAUGGCGACCGUGUACCUCGGCCUGCGCUUGCACUCGUCCAAACUCGAGAAAAUUACGCUGAAUAAUGUCAGUCUCAGCGAUACAGUCGAUAGUAUCAAGCAGACAGCGGCUAGCAAGGGCAAGACGUCGGCGGAUAAGAUCGAACUAGUCCACUGCGGUGUCAUUCUGAAUGGAUCGGAGACACUGGAAGAAGCAGGGAUCACCUCAGGUGCUAUGAUUCACUGUCUUCCCAAAAAAGAGGAUCCUGUAACUGUGGCCGUCCCAUUAAGCCUCCCCGAAGUGCAGACAUUACUAGUGUCACUGAGAAAUGUUGCCGCUCACCCAAAUUUCCGUGCUUUUAUACAAAAACUUCGAACCCCAGAGAUGGUAGAGAAGGUGCUCUCGUCAUGUCCAAUUGCUCGUAGUGAUCCAUCAGCUCUCUCCAUGCUUCAGGACCCUGAGUUGUUUAUGGGACUCACCAAUCCAGAUAACUUAAGCAAGGUCGUAGAUAGUAAUCCUGCAGUGGGAAGGGUGGCAGAGUAUGUGACAUCCCUCAUGACGUCAGACACCACUUCACCUCGACGGUCACAUCAUGUCUCGUACUCUAUGGAUGCUCUCUCUGAUGACGAAGAAAUGGAUGCUGAGCAGUCAGGAGACUCAGCAGGUGGCAGUCGUAACAGUGGGUCAGUGCCCUUCCAGCCUAUUACACCUGCACAGUUAGCAGCAGCUCUUGCCAGUGCUACAGGAAGCAGCAGUGGCAACAAUGGAAGUAAUACCCGCCUACCCACUAGUGCCCCACGCAGUAUCCCUACCACCCCUUCCGCUGCCACAACCACUCCUUUCAAUACCCCUGCACCAUCUGCAGGUGCCUCCGCAGGCCCAGGACCCAUCACCCACGAGAUGUUCAGCACCGCCCUUCAGAACGCGCUGGCAGCUUCAGCGUCCAGGGCAUCAGUUCCUUCGUCAUCGUCCUCCUCCUCAUCAGCCCCCCCCUCAGCCAGUGUCCAGAUUCCCAACCUGGAUGAGAACUUGCAGCUCAUGAGAGAAAUGGGCAUCCUGGAUGAGGACCUGAGUCGCCAGGCACUCCAGGCCACCAACGGCGAUGUACAGGCUGCUGUGAAUCUCAUAUUCGCUCAGUGGAUGGCUGAUGACUAAGCUCUCCUCCUUUUGUCUAAGUGUAGUUUUAGAAUUUCCCUUUUGGAGCAGCAGCUUGGCUCAUUAUAAGGUUGAAAUUAAAGGAAAGGAGAGGGAGAGAGUGUGAAAGAAAGAAGAGAAGUAAAAAGUAAAAAUCAUGCAUGACUUUGGAUCGUUUACCAUAUUUCAAUAUAGAAAAAUUGCAUUUUCAUUCUCUUACUGCUAAAAAUUUUGCCAAAGCUUAUAUUACUUAUGGAUAGAAAGCUAACUAGUGAAAUGCAUAUGUAUUUUGAAAAACGUAUAAUCUUCUAGAAAAGAAAAUAAACUUUUUUUAUA